AUGAGCAACUCGGAGAAGGUACUCGUCCCGUGGAACCCACCUCUAGCUGCCGUGAAGGCGGCUUUGAGCGCUUCCCGCGCCAUUGCGACAAUAGCACCGAGUCACACAUUGACUAGUAGGAUGUAUUCAUCCGUCGCUUCAACAGCUCAGCAACGCAGCUUAUCACCGUCGACUCUGGUCAGGCGUCGCGUUGGACCAGUUGACAGAGAUGAGGACUUCGUCUGCAGUAAAAAUCCGGCGAGACCUGGCGGAUCUCGUCAGCACAGAGGCCAGUCUUUUGAUGCGGCAUCAGGAUCAGGAAUGCUUCUGCAACUGGAUACUCGAGUCAUAACUUCAGACCAGCUUGCCGCGGAAGUCCAAGGUAUUUAUGCCGGACUGGCUUUACUCGAGAGCAAAUGCAUUGAGUAUGACAGCACACAGAAGGAGACUGAUCUAAGCCAAGGGCAAUAUCACGCAUUAAUUUCCCUUCACCGGUCACUUCUCCAUGAGCAUCAUGACUUUCUAUUGGCAUCCCAGCACCCAUCGGCGAGCGCCGCGCUCCGAAGACUUGCAUCUAAGUAUUUUAUGCCUGCACGAAUGUGGCGUCAUGGUAUACACUCGUUUUUAGAGCUUCUAAGGCGGAAACUGCCUGGCUCGCUCGAGCAUAUGCUCACCUUCAUUUAUAUCGCGUAUACCAUGAUGGCAUUGCUAUAUGAGACAGUUCCCAUGUUUGAAGAUGCGUGGAUAGAGUGCCUUGGUGACUUAGGGCGUUACAGGAUGGCAGUUGAAUACGAUGAUAUCCAAGAACGAGAAACUUGGACUGGUGUAUCAAGAUCCUGGUAUACUAAGGCUUCGGAUAAGAUACCAAUGACUGGACGACUUUAUCACCACCUAGCGAUUUUGGCACGACCAAAUGCCCUGAAACAGUUAUACUUCUAUGCUAAAUCGCUCUGUGUUCCAGUCCCAUUCCUCAGCGCUAGGGAUAGCGUCCUGACGCUAUUUGAUCCGCUCUUAAAUGCAAAUCCAAGUACUUCGCAACGUCUAGACCCAGUUGAUGUGGCCUUUGUGCGAGUUCAUGGCAUACUCUUCUCUGGCGCGCAUGAGGAUCAGCUCGAGCCCUCAAUGAAGCAAUUCCUGGAUCUUCUAGAUAGUCGCAUUGGAAGAGAACAUGGAUGUUGGCUUGAAUCUGGGUAUUUCAUUGGCAUCUCAUUAAGCUGCCUGCUCCUAGGUUUUGGAGACGCAUCAAAUGUCCUCAUGAAUGCCGUUUUAAAGAAUCAACAAACAGACGACACUACAAUGGAUGAUCUUCCAGACCCUGUGCUGACUGACGCAUUCAAGACAGCGGUGGGGUUUGCAGCUAGCACGUAUGAGAUCGUUAUUGCUCGGUCGGGUGACAAGAACACUUUACCAUGCCUUCAUACCCUCUUAGUAUUCUACUGGUUUAUGAUGGAUUUUGAAGUAGGGAGACAGUACUUAGAGGGCUCCAUCCCAUGGGAACAGACUGCUUUACUACUUAACUAUCUGUUACGGACCAGCGAGUUUAAACCACGGUUACAUACCCCGGAAAUUCCGUGGCCUGAAGGUGGUAAGGCGCAUCCUCUUCCCGAAGACUAUGCUAUGCGUGGUUUGAUCUAUACUGCAAACUAUUUCCCGGGGAAGUGGUUUAAAAACGCAGCGAUUGAUGAUGACGAAAAAUACUUUGAACCUGCGUCAACGGUUAGUAAACGUUGCGAAAGAAUCUUAUGGCUGGGUUAUAGCAUGGCAAUGAGGAAAAGAAGACUACACUGGGACCAGAACACUAAGCAGUUUUCGGCUAAGAGUAAUGAGAGUAAUGACGACAACUAA